GUGGCUCUUGCUGUAGUUCGCUUGCGGCACUGACGGCGCCCGGUCAUCGUCUUUCGUGUACGCGCUCUCUCUCGGCUCCAUCCAUUCGUGGUUCACCGUUCACCGUUCUUCGUUUACGCUCUUCGUUCUCCUUCCCGCUGUUUUGUGUGCUGCAUUGUGUGUCGUGUGCUGGAGUUUCUUUGGCGUCUUUGGAGGUGUGAACAACCAACCACUAGCAGAUAAUAGAUCCACGAAGUACCCACAGAUCUGACAGUACAGAACCCAAAGCCAAAGACUGAUUGACGGAGUGCGCGAAAGACCGUCGGCAAGUGCUGCUGCUGCUCUCCUCGCCGAUUGUGUGAACGGAAGGUGCUGAUAUUAACAGACGAAAAAUAAGAAUAUAACACAAGAUUGGAGCUCUACAAGGAAGAUACAAGACUGCCCCAGGCGCACACUGAAAUAUACACAAAUAAGCUGCCUUUGGUGGGAUACUGGAGUACUGGAGUACUGGUGUGCCUUGGUGGAUUAUGGGCAUAUCGGAGGAGAUCAAGCUGGAGGAACUACCGCAAGAAGCCAAAUUGGGGCACCCGGAUGGCACCGUUGUGGUCGAACGUGGCUCGGUGCUCGUCUCCUCAGCGUCGGCGGCCACGGCCGGGGCCUCGCUAACGGUUUCAAUUUCUGGAGGUGGCGCACCCAGCGGCGCCAGCGGGGGCACCAACAGCCCCAUCUCGGACGCGAACAGUGACUGCGAAGCGGACGAGUAUGCGCCGAAGCGGAAGCAGCGUCGCUAUCGGACAACCUUCACCAGCUUUCAGCUGGAGGAGCUCGAGAAGGCCUUCUCACGCACCCAUUACCCCGAUGUGUUUACGAGAGAAGAGCUGGCGAUGAAAAUUGGCUUAACCGAGGCGCGCAUUCAGGUCUGGUUCCAGAAUCGUCGCGCCAAGUGGCGCAAGCAGGAGAAGGUGGGUCCACAGUCGCAUCCGUACAAUCCCUACCUGCCCAGCGGCGCCGCUAGCAUGCAGACGGUGGUGGGGGCCGCCCUGCCGCCCAAUCCCUUCACCCAUUUGGGCUUCCAGCUGCGCAAGCCCUUCGAUGCCCAACACGCGGCGAAUCUGGCCGCCUUCCGCUACCCGCAUCUCUCGGCAGCGCCCAUGAUUCCAUCCGGCUACUUCAAUCAGUUCCAGCGGGCGCCUCCACACAUGCUGCCGCCGGGCAUGGCCGGGAUGUACUCGCCCUCCAGCUCCUUCCAGUCGCUCUUGGCAAACAUGACGGCAGUGCCGCGCGGCCCACACACCCACAUGCCGCCAAUGGGUGGCAAACCCAUGCUGGUGGGAUCGCCCGACCUUCACUCGCCCAACCAUCUGCUGGCCUCGCCGCCCACCUCGCCCGCCUCUGGAGCCACGCAGCAUCAGCAUCAGCCUCCUCCGCCCCAGCAGCAGCAGCAGCAGCCACCACCACACGCCCAGCCCUCGCAGCUGUCGCCCCAGCAGCUGGUGGGCAUCUCGCUCACCCACCAGGUGCCCUGCGGCUCGCCCACACAGACGUCGCCCGUGGCCCUGACCCUGGCCCACUCGCCGCAGCGUCAACUGCCGCCGCCCCGUUCAUCCACGCCGCCCGAGGACCGACGCACUUCCUCGAUUGCCGCCCUGCGGCUCAAGGCCCGCGAGCACGAACUAAAACUGGAGCUCCUGCGACAGAAUGGACAUGGCAACGAUGUCGUCAGCUAGCUGGGGGUGUGCAUGUGCCCCAAGUUCCCAAAUUCAAGUGCAAAACAUUUGCUGGUUCACCUUAGUCGUAAGCGAAUAAGUUAUUUCAUUGUAUGUGCAAGUAUUUAACGCGGAAUUUUGCAAAAUAAAAUUCACAAAAGUAAAUUGAAGAAA